CAAUUCUAUCACAGUUAUAACUCUUCCUAAUGUGAAGACCGUCCUUCAACUCGUUUUCAGACAUCAUGAGCAUAACAUUGACUGCUCGGAUGCUACGGCAGGCUCCACGCUUCCCGAAUCAGCUCCGUUCUGUGUCAACUCUCAGCAAUAACAGUCACAUUUAUGCCUUUAGGGACCCUAAGGAUCCUUCCUCGCACAUCCUCACUUUCCUGUCUACAGAGCCACCUACUCCCUCUAUAGCCAUAGGCUCGACAAGUCAACUCCCGCCAUCGCCGUCAUCCUUAAAGGAGAAUCCAAGAUUUCUUCCUAUACUGCAAGCUGUCAUGGCCGAGCACGCACACUCAGAUCCUUUUGUUCAGUCUCAGGCGGCGGUCAUGGUGUCUUCCGCUGGCUUCUCGUUCUCCCAGCCCAUGCGCAGGCAGGAGAACGGUUCUUUCGGUGCCAGUGACCAGGGUGGCUACGGUAGCGGCGGUCGAGGUGGUUUUGUUCAUGUCUAUGAUCAACGACGUGUUCCGGACUUCGGACGUAUUCCUGACCCAGAAGAUAUUUUUGGAAGUAUUGAAGUCGACGGGAAUGGGCAGUUUGUUGAUGGUCAUGGGAGAUACGAGCCCAGUGGAACAUAUCGCAUCUGCACCAAUGAUGGCAUCUUAGGUCUGUCUGACUUCAUGAGACAGAAGCUAGUGGACAGGCUGAAACUCCACGAAGCCGCAGAGAGGAACCGAAAGUGACUGGGGGUGAUGAACCGGGCCAAUCUGCAGAUCGCUCCGGACACACCAUAACGUCUGCCAUUGGGGUCUUGCCGUUCGUUAUCGUUAACCCAAUAUCCGACGGUAACUCCAGCCCUUUCAAAAUGCGAUUAUGAGGCAUGCACCAAUCACAAAACGAAUCACUUCGCGACGAAGUGGCAUUUAUGUGUGAAGACAACAGGAGAAGACGAGCUCUGAAACAUGUGCUUCAAUGGGGCAGCGGCAGGCGUCUUCGAGGAUGACUCGAUCUUCUUCUGCCGCAUGAGGCCUCCAUCGAUGACUCUCGCAGAGUUUCAUCCAGGGUGCGGGGAGCUCGUCGAUCGACACAUGCGGAACGAGUGACCCAAGGCUACACUGCUGAGCUAUCGACAUAGAAUGGCUUGGGUGGGGUUUUUGCGGAAUUGUGAAGGUUUAUGCCAGUCGAUAUCCGUCUUCGACCCCAACCGAGAAGAGACUGGAACGUGCAUGCACAAUAUUGGCUCUGCGAAGAUGCCGAUCUUCCAACUUCCACCUCACUAGACGCACAUCAGGUCUGGGAUUUCGGUUCUGGCUGGUAGUGCCUCUGUCCCUGGAGUUUAGGGUGUUGGCGAAGAAUAGGUACUAUACGAAGUACUGUGUACCUAGGUACGUAGGAGUAGUAUCGAGGACGAUGCAAAAUCGGAACCCCGUUGGUUCGAUCCGGAAUCCACAAGGCUGAGGUCUAGAUUCCCAUGCGAUCCAAUUGGAGACCUGCAUCCUGGCUCGCUGGUAUCCAUAACAUUAGAAAUCCAUAAGUGACGAG